AUGGGAUCUCCUGGUGACCAGGGUACCACAGGAGAUAUAGGAGAAAGAGGCUUAAACGGUCCUCCCGGUGAUCAGGGAGAACCAAUUUUAGGCCAAUUUGGGGAAUUGGGUGAGAAAGGUGACCGAGGAGAGCCAGGAGAGCCAGGUCUGAUAGGCCUUCCAGGUGAUCGAACAGUCUGUCGGAAGGAACGGGCCGAACAGCAAGCAGGUACACUUGUCAAGAAAAAUAACCCAUUCGUCUAG